UUUACUUGCUUGCCAUCUCUUCUUCACCAAUUCCGCAAGUAAAAAAGGUCAAAAUGAGACUUUUGAAGUUCACAGCUCUUUCUUCUCUACUAGUAUUGUUUCUGGUCCUGGCUGUCUCGGCAGAACAAUGCGGUAGACAGGCGGGAGGUGCACGUUGUCCCUCGGGAAUGUGCUGCAGCAACUUUGGAUGGUGCGGAAACACUCAAGACUAUUGUGGUCCGGGGAAGUGUCAAAGCCAGUGUCCUUCUUGCCCUGGACCUACCCCAAGACCACCCACCCCUCCUGGUCCUAGUACUGGGGACAUAAGCAACAUCAUCAGCAGUUCCAUGUUUGAUCAGAUGCUCAAGCAUCGGAAUGAUAAUGCAUGCCAAGGGAAGGGCUUUUACACUUACAAUGCCUUUAUCACUGCUGCAAGAUCAUUUCGUGGCUUCGGCACCACGGGUGACACCACCAGGCGUAAAAGGGAGGUUGCUGCUUUCUUUGCCCAAACCUCUCAUGAAACUACUGGAGGAUGGGAUACAGCGCCGGAUGGGAGAUACGCAUGGGGUUACUGCUACCUUAGGGAACAAGGCAACCCUCCUAGCUACUGUGUUCAAAGUUCUCAGUGGCCAUGUGCUCCUGGCCAAAAAUAUUACGGAAGAGGCCCCAUCCAAAUUUCAUACAACUACAACUACGGGCCUUGUGGGAGAGCCAUAGGGCAGAACCUCCUAAACAAUCCUGAUUUGGUGGCGACCAAUGCUGUCGUCUCAUUUAAGUCAGCAAUUUGGUUUUGGAUGACGGCACAGUCACCGAAGCCAUCUUGCCACGAUGUGAUCACAGGGCGAUGGACACCAUCGGCGGCUGACAGAGCAGCGAAUCGCCUCCCAGGAUAUGGUGUCAUAACAAACAUCAUCAAUGGGGGAUUGGAAUGUGGUCAUGGAUCUGACGCUAGGGUCCGAGAUCGUAUUGGUUUCUAUAGGAGGUACUGUUCCAUUCUUGGAGUAAGUCCUGGAGAUAACAUUGACUGCGGCAACCAGAGGUCUUUUAACUCUGGUCUCUUGCUUGAGGCUAUGUAAUCGCCUCAGUUGUGUUUACUUUCACCCACACCCACCCGGUGUAUAAUAAUGUAGUAAUUUGUGAUAUAUAGGACCACGACUGUACCGUAUACAAUAAGCAAAGAGUUCGUCCACAAUGUACAGUGGAUGUUUCUUGUUUCUUUUUCUUUUUUUAUAUAUACUGGUUUGGGUACUAAUUAAUAAACAUCAACUAAGUGUACGGCCUUGUGACACA